GUGAUGAUGAUGGUGAUGAUGAUGGUGGUGGUGAUGGUGGUGGUGAUGAUGGUGGUGAUGGUGAUGGUGAUGGUGAUGGUGAUGGUGAUGGUGAGGAUGAUGGUGAUAAUGAUGGUGAGGAUGAUGGUGGUGAUGAUGGUGAGGAUGAUGGUGGUGAUGAUGGUGAUAAUGAUGGUGAGGAUGAUGGUGAGGAUGAUGGUGGUGAUGAUGGUGAUAAUGAUGGUGAGGAUGAUGGUGGUGAUGAUGGUGAUAAUGAUGGUGAGGAUGAUGGUGGUGAGGAUGGUGAGGAUGGUGAGGAUGGUGAUGAUGAUGAUUGUGAUGGUUGUGAUGAUGGUGAUGAUGAUGAUUUUAAUCAUAAAUGUCGAUUGUAUGCAUAACGAAUACAUGAUUUUCUCUUUUAAUAAACAGGUUUUGGAAUUGACGAUCCGUCACAAACAAACACGGAAAUGUUUGAUCCGACACAAACAUUCCCGUGUGAUGAUCCGACCCCAUCAUUCGCACUAGUUGAGUUCCUGAAUGUUCAAACAGACCAGGUAUUUGAUAAAGUGCAAUGUAGAACAGGUGGUCGUGCACGUCAGGUAUUGAAAGAUGUUGUGAUUCAAAUGAAAGCAACGUUCAGUCCAGCAACACUGUGUCGCAUAGUAGGUUGUGUAAGGCGAGAGGAGGAGGCCGCCAGGCUUGUGGGGGACUUGGGUAAGGAUGAUAUUUUGAUGAAGAAUGAAAACGAUAUGAUGAACCUUGCAGAGAAUUACGUAGAUCCAGAACGCGGUUCUAUUCCUAUGCCAGAGGUUAUAAAUGGCCAACAGUACCUUACAGUAAGUAUGAGUAUAGCAACCAGUAAAAGUUUGCAGUAUUAACCGUCCACAAUAGUUCUGUCGAACGUGACGCCCAAAAGCUUUUUCCCAUAUAUCUUCUUCUGGUAUGUAUCCGAUGAUCGUGAUAUAACAAUAUUGUUCCAACCUCGUUUGGUCAACUUUGUAAUAUUCUUGUUAUAUCAUGACUGUAUCAGGCUUGUUAGAACAACCUUGUAACAAGUCUGAUAAUGCCAUCAAGCUUGUUAACAAUUUGUGUCAAACUUGUUACAAUAACUGGGAACAAGCAAUGCGAACACAACUUGUCGACAGCUUGUGUCUUGUGAACGGAUUUGUAACAACUUGUUUGCAGACUUGUAACAACUUGUGCGUUUUACGUGAUUAAUUUACAUAAUACAACUCAGUACUUUUCAGGCCUUCUAAAGUUCAACGCACCUGCUGUGAUAUAUUUAGUCUCCUUUUCAGGCGAUCCUAGAUCUUUUUUCUUUUUUUAUAACAGCUUAGAUUCUACGUUGAUCUUGGAAAAAUAUAUACUGGUCCAGAUCAUCAAAUGUUCAAGCUUGUUAAAACGGAUACAGCCGUGAGAAAUAGAUUUAAGUUACGAGUACAGCUUCAGUUCGUCGACCGAGAUCCAUCGGAGGUGUUUGAAAGUCCCGUAUUUAGAUGUCGGACUAAGAAACCUGGUGGUAUGUUGCUAUUUCAUCUUGUUAGUGUAUAAUUAUAUCUAGUAUAAAGAAUUAAAUAUGUGUAGUUUCUGAAGUCUUGGUUAAGGCCCAGGGCAAGCCAAGUUUUGACCAGCUAUUUUUCGCAACAUUGCUUCUUAGCCAUAUUUUCCAAAAGCUAUGUAAACCGGAAACAUUUUUCAGAAACAUUUGCCUGUAUAGAUUCUACGUCAACAGGUCAGAACACUAAAUUGUAUUGCGUGCAUUUUAAUUUUAAAAAAUGUAAUUUCAAUUUUUCUUCACUUUUUCUAGAACCAAGUCAACCAAUAGGUCAACCAACAAGUCCACCUGAGCAGCCUCCAACACCCGGACUACAAGGUAUCAUGCAUUUAUUUGUAUUAAAUCCCAAUCGCAAUGAAUAAAAGUGGGCUACUGGCAAUUAUCACUAUCAUAUCACCAUCAUCAUCAUCACCAUCAUUAUGAUCACCACCAUAUCACUAUCAUCAUGAUCACCACCAUAUCAUCAUGAUCACCAUCAUGAUCACCACCAUAUAUAUCACCAUCAUGAUUACCAUCGUGAUCAUUACCAUAUCAUCAUCAUGAUCACCAUCAGCAUGAUCACCACCAUAUAUAUCAUCACCAUCAUGAUUACCAUCAUCAUGAUUAUCGCCAUAUUGUCACCAUAUGACCAUUAUCAUGAUCACCAUCAUGAUCACCAUGAUGAUCACCAUCAUGAUCACCAUCAUGAUCGCCACCAUAUCAUCACAAUAUAACUAUCAUCAUGAUGACCAUCAUUAUGAUCACCAUCAUAUCACCAUAUUGCACCAUUAUCAUGAUCAUGAUCACCGAUUUACCAUCUAACCACCACUAUCAUCAUCAUCAUCAUGAUUCUUCUGAUAUUUCUUUUAUUUGUUCUAGAACCAGCAUCGCCUCCACGUGAGUAUAAAUUUGUUUCUCUUGUGCGGAACGAACUUGGGCAAAGCAAAUAUAUUUCAUCUAACAGUUUGUCUCUGCAUAAACGUCGCAAGCAGACAGAUCAUUCGUCAAGACGCAAUUUGUCUACUGAAACGAACUUGUGAGCGUAGUUUGCCUUCACGAAUGAUCUGCGAAUGGUUCCUAGAACCAUUUAGAACCAUUGACAUGCAGUAUACGUACGGUAAACAUCUGCAAACAAGUUAUAACAAGGUUGUUGUCAAGCCAAUAGCAGGAUGUGUUCGCACUGCUUGUUCCCAGUUGUUGUGACAAGUCUGGAACAAGUUGUAUCGCCCUGUUACAAGGUUGAUGACGGCAACAGACUCGCUACAUGUUGUUCCAACAAUGACUAAUGCAGGCUGUUCGUAACAAGUUGCCACGAGCUUUGUUGUCGUCAACUUGCUAAUAACUUUUUGUGACAACUAAUAAGUUGUGAGAUUUUUACUCGUGUAAAUUCGAGAACAUGAUUGGGUUUUCUUUCACCAGUUAUAACAAGUACACAUGUAAUCACCGACAGUCUCGUGGCACGGACUGCACGCAUUGACGAUCUUGUCUUUGGUUCGAUGUCCACGGCUGGAUCAAUGUCGUCACCGAAUGCUGAUAUUGCUUACCACCUCAAAAUCAAAGACGAAGAAAUAGGAGCUGAGCUGCAGGAAGGGGACGUGGUUGGCUUCUUCACGGAUGAUGACGAAGGUGGAACUUAUGUGAAGUUAUUGCGGAGUAAUGAUAUUGAAAACGCUGUUCACGCAGGCGUCGUUAGUCGUUCGUAUUAUAUAGCUGCAAAUAGAAUGCCUGAGGAUGGUAAGUGUCCAUGUGUUUUGCCUUAAAACGGAUAUUUUUACUGCUCGGGCUCACGAAACUGAACUAAUUUUAUUUAUACUGGACAGCUCUAUCGGUUCUAAACUGUUCUCCCUAGAGAUUCAGUAAGGCUCGUCUCUUAUUGAUCCAGUGUUACUACCGGAGGAAACCUAAACUAAACUAACUUUAUUUAUACUGAAUACGUAGUUCUAUCAGUUUUAAACUGUUCUUCUUAGAGGUCCAGUAAGGGUCAUCUCUUCUUGAUCCAGUGUUACCACAGGAGGAAACCUAAACUGAACUAACUUCAUUUAUAGUGGAUAUCUCUAUCAGUUCUAAACUGUUCUUCUUAGAGAAAAACCAGCCAAAGUAACCAUUGCCCCGUAAGACGAGCAAGUUUUAAUUUCCUUGACAAGUUUACCUUCUCGUGUGUACUGUCAACAAGUUUCUUUUGACAAAUUUUCCUUGACAAGUUUUGUUGCCCAUGUGCACAGAAUGUAAAUAAACUUGUCAAGGAAAACGUUUUUGUCUUUAUGGGGCUUACGAAAAAACGAAUCAGUUCCUGAUAGACUACAUGUAUGAUAAAUGAAAUCUUUCUUACUCUGAUUUUUCGUUUGUUUCUUUUUCCGCAGAAGGUAAAACCGACACCGUCUGUGUCAUAGGAAUUGUCAAAGUGAAGGUUAUAGGAAGCGUGGAAAAUGGCGAACGUGUUUACGCCUCGCUUGACCGCCCCGGAAAGGCAAUCCCUCAGUCUCACCUGCCUGUCGGAAGUUUUCUUCGCAGAAAGCACACCCUCCUUGGAAUGUCGUUGGAGCGAAAGUCCCCGAAAUCGUUGGAGGAAGAGCAGUUGGUGGAAUGCUUCGUUUGUAUUGUACUAGACAUGGGGAGACAAGAUAUCUUGAACGAAGUCGAGCAAAUCUACGAGUUGUCGGAGAAAUCCACACACGAGAAGAUUAAAUAUGCUUCCAAAAGAGCGUGGAGAAGUGAGUAAAAAUGUAAAAUAGAUUUUGGUUUAUUCCCAACAAAUGCGAGAAGAGUGCUUCCAAGUUUGACUCUGCAAAUAGUGCUCUUCAAUUUCCUCCUGUAGUAACACUGGAUCAAUAAGAGAUGAUCCUUACUGGACUUCUAGGAAGAACAAUUUAGAACUGAUAGAGCUGUCCAGUAUACUGUAAAUAAAGUUAGUUUAGUUUAGGUUUCCUCGUGUAGUAACACUGGAUCAAUACGAGAUGAUCCUUACUGAACCUCUAGGAAGAACAAUUUAGAACUGAUAGAGCUAUCCAGUAUAAAUAAAGUUAGUUUAGUUUAGGUUUCCUCCUGUAGUAACACUGGAUCAAUAAGAAAUGAUCCUUACUGGGCCCCUAAGAAGAACAGUUUAGAACUGAUACCCAGUAUAAAUAAAGUUAGUUUAGUUUAGGUUUGCUCUUGUAGUAACAACACUGGAUCAAUACGACAUGAUCCUUACUGGACCUCUAGGAAGAACAAUUUAGAACUGAUAGAACUAUGCAGUAUAAAUAAAGUUAGUUCAACAGCAUCUGGAAACUUUCCAGUAUAUUCUAAUAUCAGAUUUUUUUUAUAUUCUUAGAACUGAAGUGUUGUUUUGUUUCGACUUUGAUCUUUUUUCUGCUGUUGGCUUUCUUACUGUACCAGGUCUUUGUUCCGGGGUCAAUGUUCCGGUACUGGUUGUGCCGUAAAGGCUCUCUUAAUGGAGAACUUUGGGUUACUAUCAUUCCUUAUAGAUCUAUUACAGAGGUAUGCUGCCUGGAAGAUAUUUCUUAGAAAUGAUGUGAGGAUUGUGAUGACGAUAUUAGUGGUAGUGAUGGUGAUGAUAAUGGUGAUAUAAAUGGUGACCGCAGUUUUCCAGUGACUGAUUACAUCGAGUACCACGUUUACUUAUAUUGCCUCCUAUACUAUUUAUCUUUACACCAAUUGUGAUGUUACUUUCCUGACUGUGUUUAUCCUAACCCACCUUGUCAACUUUCCCUGUGGGAGGAAACCAGAGCACCCGGAGAAAACCCACGACUUUCGGCAGAGCGUUGAAUGACUUAUUUCACAUGAAUCCGUAGCGAGAAUCAAACCCACAAACUUAGAGGUGAAAGCGCGCUUGCUCUGACGAUAGGGCCACCGGUGGUGGUCGUGGUGAUAAUGAUGGUGGUGUGGUGAUAAGGAUGGUGAUUAUGGUGAUAAUGAUGGUGGUGUGGUGAUAAGGAUGGUGAUUGUGGUGAUAAUGAUGGUGGUCGUGGUGAUAAUGAUGGUGGUCGUGGUGAUAAUGAUGGUGGUGUGGUGAUAAGGAUGGUGAUUGUGGUGAUAAUGAUGGUGGUCGUGGUGAUAAUGAUGGUGGUCGUGAUAAUGAUGGUGGUGUGGUGAUAAGGAUGGUGAUUGUGGUGAUAAUGAUGGUGGUGUGGUGAUAAGGAUGGUGAUUGUGGUGAUAAUGAUGGUGGUCGUCGUGAUAAUGAUGGUGGUCGUGGUGAUAAUGAUGGUGGUGUGGUGAUAAGGAUGGUGAUUGUGGUGAUAAUGAUGGUGGUUGUGGUGGUAACGAUGGUGGUGUGGUGAUAAUGAUGGUGGUCGUGGUGAUAAGGAUGGUGGAGAUAAUGGCGAUCGUUUUAGUGAUGAUGAUGAUGGUAAUGAGGUGAUGGUAAAGAAGGUGAUGAUGGUGGUAAUGGUGAUAGUUAUGGUAAUGAAGGUGAUGAUGGUGGUAAUGGUGAUAGUUAUGGUAAUGAAGGUGAUGA